AUGAGGUGUGUUUUGGCUUGUAGUAGGUGUAGGCAACAGAAGAUAAGAUGCAUUCAUGAUGGUAAGCCUCCAUGUACGUAUUGUCUGCAUAAAGGAUGCGGUGAUGAGUGUGUUUUGACCUAUCCUCCACUGAAGACUAAUAAGAGUAAGGUCAACAAGAGGAAGGCUAACAAACCCCUGGGUAAUAACAGAAAUGGUGAUAUGUCAGGAGUUGCCGUUGCAGCUGCGGAGACACCUGUCUCUGCAGCAGUAGCACCACCACCACCACCACCACCAACAGUGACAACGAAUAAUUUAAUCCCAAAUGGAGAGCUGCCGCAUAAUCAGCAAGGGUACUCUCAGGAACGCCGUCCUGAUGCUGUUUUAACUAAUCGAAAUUUGAACGUUGUCCCUCCUCCUCCGAUGGAUGCUAUUUUUUCACCGGGUGUGAUACCGACUAUCAAUAACGAAAUGUUACAGUACCAGUCUCUCAAGAACAACGUGCGCGCUCCACUAUUCUCAUCUAUUCAAAGUCUGGUAAGUUCUACUCCAAAGAGCCAUAUUCUUACAGCUAUUAAAAGAGUAGAGAUUAGUUUCCCUGAGUGUCUUUUCUUCCAUAUACCAACCUAUGAAAAUAGGUUAGAAGAAGUAAACCAUAUUCUUAUCGGUGCGCUGUUGGCUGUUUGCUCUUAUUCCAGUCCAUUCAAAGUCCCUGAUUUGAAAUCAGAGUUCAGUUCGGAGGAUAAAUGGUUAGGAGUCAAUUCGUUUCAAGUGAAACACUCGCUUUAUGAGAAGCUGGCUUUGGAUGCAAUAUUUAACAACUGCCACUUUAUCAGUAAGCCUGAUAUCGAAAUAUGUCAAUCGCUUCUCUUACUAUCUUGUGUCAAAUGGGGUCAUAAUGAUUAUUUUGCAGCCUGGAUGCUGCAUGGUUGUGCUGUGAGGAUGAUACAGGCAAUUCAGUUUGACGAAAGGUUUCAACACAGUUGUAAACAAGACCCGUUGUUGAACGAGCUACGGAAUAGAACUUUUUGGUCCGCAUUUUGCUUGGAUAGAGUUAUUUCUACUGGUGAAGGUCAUUGUUUUACAGUCAAUCGAUUCAUGGACGUUGAAUUACCACUUCCUGAAUCAUAUUUCUUUGGGCUUUCCGGUGUUAGCAAUACCGGUAAAACAAAUGUUCCAUUAAACGGUGAUGUAUAUGGUUUAUCCAAAAUAAACUCCCAGUCGUCGGAUAUUGGAAUAGAACAAGAAGUCAGUGCUUCUAAUACCCAAUUGGCUGCUGCUUUCAAUAUCCAGUUGAAAAGUAAAGUCACCAUUGGUUCUUUUAACAAGUUUUACAAAGCUUACCCCCAAUUGUUACUCCAAAACGAAAGAUCCGCCUUCAUUAAGUGCUAUUCGUUAUGGGGCUCCAUAAAUGAGUACAUGAUGGACGGUGGUAGAGUAAAAAGGUCGGCUGAGGUUCCAUGGGAUUUAGAAAACUCUACUGUUGGGAAAAUAACAAAAGAGGUGGAUGAUUUCUGGAAUGUGAUACCUGCGGAAUGGAAAUGGGGGAAUUUUGAUUAUGCCAGUCAACGCCCAUAUCAUAUCAAAAAGCUUUUCAUGAUAACUUCAAUGAAUUGCUUGCAUUUUUUGACUAUAAUAUUUUGCAUUAGGGAAUAUCUUCCAUUUUUACCUUCAAAAGAAUUAGGUCCCUGCGGACCAAUCGAACCACCUUUUAUGCCACAACCACCAUACACAACCUAUUGGUCAGAUAUGUCGAGAAAGUGUUUUGCAGCACUACGACAACUUUGUGAAAUUUUAAAGGUAGUUUUCGAAACGGAAUCUGAAAACACUAAAGGAUCUAUUAAUCUCAUCGAAUCAUCACCUUUCUUCUCAUUUUGCGCUUUUGUUUGUGCUAUCCAGUGCAAUUACGGUUCAAAUUUCCCUUUCAUGGACCCUGACGCAGCUUUAUAUAAGAAGAAUAAAGACAAAAAUCUAUCAUAUUGCUAUAAAAUGGUAUUAAAGAUUCUCAAGUCAAGGGAGAGUUUUUGCCCAGUCACUAAGAACUGGUUGCAUAUGGUUUUCAAAGUUCAGGAGAUGUAUAAAUCUGUUGCUGGUAGCAGGACUAGCAGCAAGGUAGUCCCGAACGGCUCAGAACAAACCCAGACUUAUGUUCCUAUCCAGCCGACAAUUUUGAAUCCUAAUUCAUCUCAAAAUACGUUCCAGCGUCCUGCGGACCCCCCUGGUAUAUCACAAAGCACCGCACAAAGAAUUCAGAACCAAUCUCUUCCAAACUAUGGUGCCCCACUGCCGUUGGGUCAGUUGAUGUCACCAUCAGAUUCAAUGGCAAGCAAUCGAGAUCAACUACCCUCGGGCUCGAGCUCACUCAUUCCAGAUAGCAGUUCCUCGAUUAUAGUGGGCACUGGCUCAGAUGGGAUUUUUGGCUCUAAUAUUGGAAAUAGCGAAAACAACGGAUUACUUACGAACAGUAAAACCACACCAGUACUUCAACAUGCUACGACGACCUCGGACAUUGCUUCAGGAUCUUCAUCCAAUCCAAGUAGCACCCCUAGAUUCCCUAUAGAAGUGGAACCUGAGACGGAUAAAUUAUCGCUCUUAUUUUCGGAUCAAGAAUUUGAGAUGUUGAUGCAAUUUUCCAAAUAG